AUGAAAUGGCUUCCAUUCAUGUCCAGCUUCGUCUUGGAGAAGAUGUGCAGCUUGAUCAAUACCGGAGUGAGAACUGACAAAGGAUUCAUGGAAGUCCAUCUGACUGUUGUGGCGAAGGGCCUGUUUGAACACUGUGGUGUCUCCGCGUGCUCCACUCAGGUGUACAACCACCUGAGGAAGUGGAGGCAGAGGUGGCUCACCAUUAGCAGGCUCCGCGAUCUAAGCGGGGCUCAGUGGUGCGAGGAUACCAAAUGCAUCAUCCUUGAGGGUGAGUACUACUGCGGGCACGUCGCGGUGAGAUCACCCAAGGACGCGGAGUUCUUGAAUGUGCCCAUUUCCAACUACGACGAGAUGCAUACCAUCUUCUCUUUCGGCCUCGCCACCGGCAAGUACGCCAUGGGAUCCAGUGAGCCCCUGGGCUCGGCUGCAGCAAAUCCUUCACCUGAGGAUGCUGAAACCCAGGAGUCCGACACGAUCAACCUCGAUGGGCCACCUGAGAAGGUGACCACCGGCAAGAGGAAGAGAGGCGCCUUCACCGACGACGAGCUAGUGGCUUUCACCAACAUGACUGUUGCUGUGAAGGACGUCGCACGGGCCAUCAGCUCAUGGAGGGUCUAUCAAGACCAGGUCAAUGGCUACUCCAACAACAACUACCGAGGGUAUAAAACAUUAGAGGAGGCACAGCAAGAGUACCUCAUCUUCCUGGAAGAGUUCCUGGAAGAUCAGGCCAUCGAUGAGGCGGUGACAUUAGCAUAG